GAGUGAUGUUCCACGUGGAGAUGUUGACGCUGGUCUUUCUGCUGCUCUGGACGUGCGUCUUCAGCCAAGAUCCCAGCUCCAAAACGGUGGCCGAUCGCUAUGCCGUCUACUGGAACAGCACCAAUCCCAGAUUCCAGCGAGGGGAUUAUCAUAUUGAUGUCUGCAUCAAUGACUAUUUGGAUGUAUUCUGUCCUCAUUAUGAGGAUUCAGUGCCAGAAGAUAAGACUGAACGAUAUAUACUUUACAUGGUGAACUUUGAUGGCUACAGCUCCUGUGAUCAUACCUCCAAAGGAUUCAAGAGGUGGGAGUGCAACCGACCUCAUUCUCCCAAUGGACCAUUGAAGUUCUCAGAAAAAUUCCAACUCUUCACUCCCUUCUCAUUAGGAUUUGAAUUCAGGCCAGGCCGGGAAUAUUUCUACAUCUCAUCUGCAAUCCCUGAUAAUGGAAGAAGAGCCUGUUUAAAGCUGAAAGUCUUUGUACGGCCUGCAAACAACUGUAUGAAAACUAUAGGUGUUCAUGAUCGUGUUUUCGAUGUUAACGACAAAGUAGAAAAUUCAUUAGAACCAGCAGAUGAUACGGUACAUGAAUCAGCUGAGCCAUCCCGUGGUGAGAAUGCUGCUCAGACCUUAAGGAUAUCCAGUCAGCCUUUUACAACUCUACUGUUCCUUCUAGCAAUGCUUUUGACGUUAUAGCACAUAUUCCAGCAAGCUGCCACCGUCAACUUCAGGAUCUCAGAACAUCAAAGAUCCACUUAACUGCUCAUCCCAACAACGGGACUUUGUAUUGGUUUGCAGAUGUUGGUUUGUUCUCCUUUCCCCAUCUUCUCCCUUUCUCUCCUCUGCAACCUGAACUUUGAGCAAAAAUUGAAGAGGAAUUAACUAGACCUCUUCCUACUCCCAAGCUUUUCCCUGGCUUUCCUUGAUCCCUUCUAAAAUGAAUGGACUCCAAAUGAAAAUGCCAAAUUUCAAUAUUGACACUAGUGAUUCUUACUUUCCUCUGCAGCCUCUCUUUAAGAUACUGCCUAGUUAAUUCAUUGGGCCAUCUGUAUAUGGAGAAGGAAAAAUAAUAGGAGAUGCAGUUAGUUGAAGAAUAAGGAAGUUAUUUGAGGAAAAAAACAAGAGAAAUUUUUUACUCUUUUCAAUAAAAUAUUUAUUUCUCCUUGUUCAGCACUGUAAGACGAUCAUGCAAUGUACUGUGUCACCAUGUCAGAACUGGAGGGAAGUUAUUAAGAAUAAAUAUAUCUCAGUGAACAGGCUCCUCAAAGUAAAGAGAUAUUAUUUGUAUGCAACUGCCUUGAAAGGUCCUUGACAGUGGAAGUUAUGCUCCAUAACAGAAGCUCUGUCAUUAGGGGAUAAAAACGUGACUACUGACAUGCAAGGUCAGGUUUAGGAAACUAUGUUGGAGUGAUAGUGCCUCUGUUAUCGCUCUAGGUGGACAGUGCACACCAGAUUACUUUUCUUUUGACUCAGAUACCAUGGUGCUACAGUGAUUUUUGUUCAAAUGCAAAAAGGCAUUUCUGUACUCUAAGAUACCUUUUCUGUGUGAAUAAAGUGACCUUUCCCAAGGCUGACUUAGUAGCCAGUAGCCUUGGAUCCAGCUCUGGGUAAUGAUACAUACUAUGUUGAUAACAGCUCAGGGUGGAGUAAACCUGGUGAGUAAUACAGAAUCCCCAGUGUCCUGGAUUUUUCUGCCUCCUUGAAAGUUUGGCAACUCUUGGAGUAAAAUGUUGCCAGAAAGGAACCAGGACAUUUAUCAUAGAGGGUGGAUGGGUGUUCUGCAUGGGAAGAAUAGAGUACAGGAAAAUUGAUUUGAACUGUAGAGUAAAAGUUGAGGCAUUGAUCUCAUCUCUUCUUUUCCAACACAGUUGAAAAUUAGUGUAAAUGUCUUCAUUGGCAGGAGAUAAUAGACAGACUCCCAAAGGCCUUUAACUAUUUUGUUGCUUUUAAAAAUCCACUAGAGUAGAAAAUACAUUAUCUAGAUAUACCUUAUGCUGAAAAUAAUUAUAUAUGCUUGUCCUAUUUAAAGAUGAUAAAAUGUGGUAAUUUGUGACAAGAAUAUGGGAUGCUGAUCGGUUGAAAUCAGAAGUGAGUCCUUAGGCAGCUAUGAUAUAGCCUCAUAAAACAUUUACCAGGAAAUGCCUUCUUUAUAGUAUUCCAUUAACUUAGGCAGACCAAAUUUAGAUUUACUAAAUAAGAGAGAUCAUGAAAACUACUUAGCAAAUUUAGUUGUCUCCCAAAAUUAGUGAGAACAAAACUUUACAAAAAUGAGGUUAGGCUUCACUGAAUUUUCACAAGAUAGGAAAAAAAGCAGUUUAAUACUAAAUCAUAAUGCAAAUGGACAGAAUUUUGAAAUUUCCUCAUUGUAUUAUGAAAAGAAAGCAUUUUUUUUAAAAAAAAAUUGCAGAAUUUCAGAAUUCAAAAAUAGCAUGAAUAAAAUGGUAAAUAUAAGGCGCUCUGGGCUUGCCUGAUACCACAAUGUCUAGGCUGUAUUUGAAAGCACAGAGAUGUCUGAUAUAGCACACAAAUAAAAAAAAG